ACACCGCCCGCCCCCGCCCCUUCCGUCCGCUCCCCUUCGGAGCCUUAACUGUCCCUCCCACACCGGAAGCUCAUUCCUCUCUCUCCCCCGCCCCCCAGUCGAAGGCGCAAGGGGCUUUUAUCGCGAGACUUGCGUCCUCCUUCGGGCGCUUCCGCCGGCGCCCAGAUCGCGCGAGACCGCGGAGGGAGCAGGAGCGUGUGGCGCGCGCGGCGGCCGCGACGGACGCAAGAUGGCGACGGCGACCAUAGCUCUCCAGGUCAAUGGCCAGCAAGGAGGGGGGUCCGAGCCGGCGGCGGCGGCAGUGGUGGCAGCGGGAGACAAAUGGAAACCUCCACAGGGGACAGACUCCAUCAAGAUGGAGAACGGGCAGAGCACAGCCGCGAAGCUGGGACUGCCUCCUCUGACGCCCGAGCAGCAAGAGGCCCUCCAGAAGGCCAAGAAGUACGCCAUGGAGCAGAGCAUCAAGAGCGUGCUGGUGAAGCAGACCAUCGCGCACCAGCAGCAGCAGCUCACCAACCUGCAGAUGGCAGCUCAGCGGCAGCGGGCACUGGCCAUCAUGUGCCGGGUCUACGUGGGUUCCAUCUACUAUGAGCUUGGGGAGGACACCAUUCGCCAGGCUUUUGCUCCUUUUGGACCCAUCAAGAGCAUUGACAUGUCCUGGGACUCUGUCACCAUGAAGCACAAGGGCUUUGCCUUUGUGGAGUAUGAGGUCCCAGAAGCCGCACAGCUCGCCUUGGAGCAGAUGAACUCGGUGAUGCUAGGAGGCAGGAACAUUAAGGUGGGCAGACCCAGCAACAUAGGGCAGGCCCAACCUAUCAUAGACCAGCUGGCUGAGGAGGCACGAGCUUUCAACCGCAUCUAUGUGGCUUCUGUGCACCAGGACCUUUCAGAUGAUGACAUCAAGAGUGUAUUUGAGGCCUUUGGCAAGAUCAAAUCUUGCACGCUCGCCCGGGACCCUACAACUGGCAAGCACAAAGGUUAUGGUUUCAUUGAGUAUGAGAAGGCCCAGUCGUCCCAGGAUGCCGUGUCUUCCAUGAACCUCUUUGAUCUGGGUGGCCAGUACUUGCGAGUGGGCAAGGCUGUCACCCCCCCGAUGCCCCUGCUUACACCUGCCACACCUGGGGGCCUCCCACCUGCUGCUGCUGUGGCUGCAGCUGCAGCCACAGCCAAGAUCACAGCUCAGGAAGCAGUGGCUGGAGCAGCGGUGCUGGGUACCCUGGCCACGCCUGGACUGGUGUCCCCUGCACUGACUCUGGCCCAGCCUCUGGGGGCUUUGCCCCAGGCUGUCAUGGCUGCCCAGGCCCCAGGAGUCAUCACAGGUGUGACCCCAGCCCGGCCUCCCAUUCCGGUCACCAUCCCCUCUGUGGGAGUGGUAAACCCCAUCCUGGCCAGCCCUCCAACGCUGGGUCUCCUGGAGCCCAAGAAGGAGAAGGAAGAGGAGGAGCUGUUUCCCGAGUCAGAGCGGCCAGAGAUGCUGAGUGAGCAGGAGCACAUGAGCAUCUCGGGCAGCAGCGCCCGCCACAUGGUGAUGCAGAAGCUGCUCCGCAAGCAGGAGUCCACAGUGAUGGUUCUGCGCAACAUGGUGGACCCCAAGGACAUCGACGACGACCUGGAGGGGGAGGUGACCGAGGAGUGUGGCAAGUUUGGUGCUGUCAACCGCGUCAUCAUCUACCAGGAGAAGCAGGGCGAGGAGGAGGAUGCGGAGAUUAUCGUCAAGAUUUUUGUGGAGUUUUCCAUAGCCUCCGAGACUCACAAGGCUAUCCAGGCCCUCAAUGGGCGCUGGUUUGCUGGCCGCAAGGUGGUGGCUGAAGUGUAUGACCAGGAGCGUUUUGAUAACAGUGACCUUUCUGCGUGACCUUGGCCCGGUUGCCUGGACUUGCACUUGCUCCUUGUUUCCUCUGGGUUUUCUAGUGAUGUGUUGGGGUCUCAGGCCCAGCCGCCCGCGGGGGGAUAAAGGUGCAGAUGCCGUUGGC